ACCGUUUCUCUCAAUUAAUGAGAUUUAACUUAUAAAUGAACAAGAUUGAACAAACUUUCAUUAUUUGUUUCCUUUCAUAAAAAUUUGAUGGGAUUGCAGAGGCACAUUUGCUUCCAGUAUACAAGGAGAUCAACCUGGAAAAGAUUCAAAUCAUUUAUUAUUAAGAUCAUAUCUGAAUAAUAAUUGUAGUUUGCUCCUUUUGGAUUAGACUUUUCAUUUUAACACAUCUUCUUCUUUGUAAUGUUGUAAACUUUUACAGGAUGAUUCCUUGGAGCACUUCUCACGAUUUCUUACCUCUUGCCAUGACUUUUCUUGUUGGAAGUUUCGGACUCACAUCUUUAACCUUGCUGUGUACUGUUAUGACAUUUGCAGAGAGGGAGGAGCUAAAGUGCUGUCCUUACAGAUUUUCAUUGGCAAUUCUAUUUGGGAAAUUUAUUUUAUAAUAUCGGUUGCUGCUUGUGUUGGAUUUUAUUGUUCUGUGUUCUUUUUGCAUCGCGUCAUCUUAUAUUUUUUUCAGAUAAUCUGUUGAUGAUGUUUGUUGUGGCGCUAAAUAACUGACAAUUCAUUUGUGUUUUUUCUUUGACUGAUACUUUCUGGUUUCUUUUUCACUUACAACUCUAAUAACUAACUUGGCUGCCUCAGUUUGUUGCACUAUUGAGUGACAAAUUCAGAAAGACGCCUGGUUCUUGCACCGACCUACAUUUCUUUCAUAGAAGAUGAUAAAAUCUUGAAAUGUGGAGUUCAUGGGAGUAUCUUAUUAUGAUAAGUAUGCUGGAUCCACGUCUUUUUUAAAUUUUAUUACGUAUAUCGACUUUAUGAUAACAUAGUACUGAUUUCUACCGUACAGCUAGUAGCAGGUAAAGGAUGCACAUAGCGCCCUGAAUGGUUUGCUGAUUUGUUUUAUAUUUCAAUGAAAUUUUCAAAAUAACUUACUUUUUAGUAAUCUUUAUGCCAGCACGAUUAUGAGGAAGCGAUUGGUUUGACAGAGUAUUACUCUCCAUGAGAAGUAAUUCUAUAGUUUGGUUCAUUCAAUGAAGGGUCUGGUCGUAGAGGAUGUAGUCUUUAUAUCAUUCUUAUAGUUUUUGCCCCAUAAGUUGGAUUGAUCCAUUGAAUAGGUUUCUUGAUUUGGUAUGUGGCCUGCAGGUAAGCUUGGUGGCCCCCUCCUCAAUGGUGGAAACAUUUGAUUGAUGGUUCACAUUGUGAAUGGGUGGAAAACUGUUUUAAUUUCAUUGCCUUUUUCAUCUGCACAUUUCAUAUUUUAAAAAGUUUGUUUUCGUGUCCCUGUUCUGCUCAAGUCGAGAGACUGAAUAUGAAUUGGAUAAAUGGGUGAUACAUGUUUUGGUUUUAGGGGUUAAAUGGAGGAAGAGAUAAAAGGCAGAUUUUGUGUGUUUGGUAUGAGUGUGGCUCACAACACUUAGAUGUCGGGGUCGAACCAGAACCGCACAAAAAAAUAUAGGAUCCGGAGUUGCACGCCUAUUUUUUGGUUCUCGUUCUCCGAUAUAUGGUUUCCCGUGACAAUUUGGAAACUUUUGGUUCCAGUAUUGGUUCGGUAUCGGAAUUGUGUUCCUUCCUAGUUAGGGGUAUAUACUUAGAGGACAUCAACUUCUUCUAUUUGUCAUCUUUGGGGGAUAUCUGAAAUGUGUUCAAAGCUAGGAAGUACUUAUCUUUUUUCAGCCUUCUCCCCUAUGUCAAAUUUUUCUUGGCGUUUCGUUACUUAUGUUUUCUGCUUAUUACUUAUUUUUACUAGUUUUCUACCUCGUGCUUUGCAAAGACCCUCUCAACACCUUCCGGGAUUGGGAGGUCGCCGGGAACGAGAACGUUUCGAGUCUCGUUUGGUGCGGGUGGUCGGGCGUGGAAUGCGGGCAGUACGGCCACGUCACCGCGCUCGACCUCUCCCGCCGCAAUCUCUCCGGGAUUUUCCCGGCGAGUUUCCGGCACCUCCUCCGGCUCCGGCACCUCAAUUUGAGCGGGAAUCUCUUUGACUGCCCAAUGCCGCCCCCGGUUUUGGAGCUUCCCGGCCUGACGACGUUGGACAUUAGUAACAAUUCCUUCGGCCCCACUCUCCCGCCGGCCGUUUCGCGGCUCCGGUCUCUCUCUGUUUUCAACGCCUUCAGCAACAACUUCUCCGGACCGUUGCCGGGAGAAAUCGUGUCGCUGAAGAACCUCGAGUACCUCAAUCUCGGCGGGAGUUACUUCUCCGGCGAAAUCCCGGCUAGCUACGGAAGUCUUUCCAACCUGAAGUUUCUCUACUUGGCCGGUAAUUUACUCACCGGCGCAAUCCCGCCGGAAUUGGGUUUGUUGAAACACCUUGAGAAUCUCCUGAUUGGGUAUAACGAGUACUCCGGCGGUAUUCCGGUGGAGAUUUUCACCCUACAUAACUUAACCUAUCUUGACAUUUCCCAGGCAAAUCUUUCCGGCCAUCUUUCGCCGCAAAUCUCAAAUUUAACGAAGCUCAAAAUUUUGUACCUCUUCAAGAACGGUUUAACGGGGGAAAUUCCCGGGGAACUUUCCCGAUUAACUCUGCUAAAAGAGUUGGAUCUUUCGAGCAACUAUUUCUCAGGGCAUAUUCCGGCGACACUCUCAUCACUGGAAAAGCUAUCGAUCUUAUCGCUGCUGGGGAACAACUUGACCGGAGAAAUCCCACCGGGGAUUGGACAGCUUCCCUGUCUUGAGAGGCUAUCUCUGUGGAACAACUCGCUGACAGGGAUUUUGCCGCAAAAAUUGGGUUCAAAUUCCAGGCUAGUAAAGAUGGACGUCUCGUCAUGUUCUCUCUCCGGCCCGAUCCCGCCGGGCCUCUGCCUCGGUAAGAAACUGGAGAAACUCAUCUUGUUCUCCAAUCAAUUCUCCGGCGCAAUCCCGGCGACCCUUGCGAAUUGCACCUCAUUAACCAGGCUGAGAGUUCAGGAUAACCGGCUGAACGGAUCCAUUCCGGCAGGGUUCGGGUCGUUGCCGAAUCUGACAUUCUUGGACCUCAGCCUCAACAAUUUAUCCGGCGCGAUCCCGGAGGAUUUCGGCAAUGCCGUGAGACUGCAGUUCUUGAACAUUUCCGGGAACCAAUUUCAUUCCGGCUUGCCGGAAAAUAUCUGGAGCGCGCCGGAUUUGAAUAUAUUUUCUGCAAGUCACAGCGCCAUUCAGGGGAAAAUCCCAGAUUUCAGAGGCUGCCAUAGCCUGUACAAGAUCGAGCUCGAAGGGAACAACUUAACCGGAGAUAUCCCACCGGAUGUUCAGCAUUGUGAGAAGCUCAUAUCUUUGAAUUUCCGCCGGAAUUCCCUCUCCGGCAUCAUCCCUUGGGAGAUCUCCUCACUCCCGUCACUCACCGACCUGGAUUUGUCCCACAAUCUUCUCUCCGGGACAAUCUCCUCGAAUUUCGGAGGCACUCGUACCUUAGAGAGCUUCAACGUGUCCUACAACCGUCUCGUGGGCCCAAUACCGUCCGGUCAAGUAUUCUCGAGCCUCCAUGCAUCGUCUUUCACCGGAAACGACGGGCUCUGCGGCAGCAUCAUCAAAAGAUCCUGCCGCAAUGAGCCCGCGACCAGCAUGGAUAUCAAUCAGCCCCAUAAAAGGACCACGAGGAAAGUGGUCUACAUCGUCAUCGCCACAUUUGGGAUUUGCGUGUUCGUACUCGUUGUCGCCUUGAGGUGUUUACGGGCGAGCUACGAUCUCCGAUUCCCCGAUGACCGGGAACCGGACCCGUGGAAGUUGACCGCCUACCAAAGGUUGAAUUUCACGGCGGAAGACGUUUUGGAUUCUGUGAAAGACUGUGACAAGGUGAUUGGGUCGGGAUCCACUGGGACAGUGUACAAGGUGGAAAUGCCAAGUGGUGAGAUCAUAGCCAUAAAAAAAUUACAUAAUCUACAGAAGGACACGAUCCGUAUAAAGAAAGGCGUUUUGGCAGAAGUCGAGGUUUUGAGCAAAAUAAAACAUAGAAACAUUGUGAGACUACUAGGAUGUUGCGCCACUGACGAUUGUGCAUUGUUACUCUACGAGUACAUGCCGAACGGGAGUCUCGAUGAUUUAUUACAUGGUAAAAAUAAAAACAUGAGUAGUAUGGUUGCGGAUUGGGUAACUAGAUAUGAGAUUGCCCUUGGUGUGGCUCAAGGAAUUAGUUAUCUUCAUCACGAUUGUGACCCGAUAGUACUCCAUCGUGACCUAAAACCUAGUAACAUUCUUUUAGACGAUAAAAAUGUGGCUAGGGUUGCUGAUUUUGGAGUCGCUAAGUUAUUCCAAGGUGACGAGUGUACUGUGUCGAUAAUCGCUGGAUCUUAUGGUUAUAUUGCUCCAGAAUAUGCAUAUUCAUUACAAGUUGACGCAAAAAGCGACAUUUAUAGUUAUGGAGUUAUGCUAUUGGAGAUACUGACUGGUAGAAGAUCAAUGGAGUCUGAAUUUGGAGAAGGCAAUAGCAUUGUGGAUUGGGUGAGGUCGAAAUUGAACGCGAAAAAUGACAUGAAAGAAAUAUUCUUUGAUAAAUACGACCUUUCUUCUAAUUCUUCUUGUUCUUCUACUUCUUCCCCAUUGGUGAUGGAGGAGAUGAUGUUAUUGCUUAACAUUGCAUUGUUGUGCACUCGCCGGAAUCCGGCGGACCGGCCUUCCAUGCGGGAAGUUGUUUCCAUGUUGAUAGACGUCAAGCCCAAAAGGAAGUUGCUGGGUGAGAGCGGUGGAUGUGGCGAUGAUGCCAUGGGUAACGGUGGUGACGAUGACAGUCAUGUUCCUGAUAAUCAAAUCACUAGUGUUGAUGAUGAGUGACAAAUUAAAUACGAGUGGUACAUUGUAUAGAAGAAUUCAUUCCCUCAUCGAUUUUUUAAUAGUUAGUGGAAAAUGGUGACACUCACGAUUGGCUUGAGAGCUAGCCAAUUGAUGAAUUGUUAUAUGGGGCGUAACUAUUCUAUUGAUAUAUACAGUAUUACGGUUAUGCCAGAGUUAUUGUUCCCACUAGAGCAAAGAGAGUUAUUGUUCCCGCUAAAAUCAAACAUGUGACAUCCU